AAAGCAGCGGAAGAAGCGCAGAGCUGCUAGUGCUAUUGCAUGUAACGACUACAGCAGCGUUACAUGUUGCGCUAUUUGUUCGUGCAGGCAGAACGAGCUCAACUCAGUUACGAGUAGGGCCUUUCUGAUCUGAGCAUGUUGGCUGUGAUGUGAGGGAACUGAAGUUUUUAGUUAUUAGGACACAUACAGACGCCCUCAGCUCACAGGCACAUCGAUGUCGUCGCCGAAGUCUCAAGCUCCUUGCUGCGCCGACGAUCUGAACUGUUUGACAACCUUGGGUAAUUUCUGAUCACCACCACCCACCUACUCAUCUGUAUCCAUCAGUCUAUCCCAAGGCAGCCCGAAAGUGAGAACCGCGGCUGAGCUGGCAAGCACAACGGAUUGGUUGUUGGCACCCGCAGGGAACCUUGGUCGGGUGGGAAAUGGGGCCGUUCCGUCAGUCUUUUCUGACCUGACCAACAUUACGUUGCUCCCACCAAGCCCCAAACAUCCGGCAAUGGUCACUGUACCUGCAGUCGGAGCAACCCCACGAUCAAUGUCGACAGCGCCGUCGGUAGUAGUGAGUAUGCUUAGUCCUCGCUCGAGGAACUUGCAAGGAACUCCAGUUGCAUCACCUCCCUCUCCAAGCCAUCAUCCAGCCCACAGACAGUCGGCUUUUGAAGAGGGUCAGGGAGCUAGCUCCCACUCAGAUUCAAUUCCCGGUACGCCAUUGAGUAAGCUCAGUCUUCGCACUGACUCGCUUACAUGUACCACCAGCAUGCCUAACAGCCGGAGCCCGUUGCCAGCUGAUAAUAUCCACCCAGAAGCUGCACCGUUUUCUCGACAACGUGCCGCAGAAGUUACGAGUACCGGCUAUGACCACGACAGGACACGGUCACUGCCAUCGAAAGAAACAUCACCUCCGACUUUCACAUCCGAUCAGAUUCGACCUGAAAUAGACAGUGUGAAUGAAAACACUUCGGUUUCAAACACACUGGCACUGUACAAGGAGCAGCAGCAAACAUUACUAGAGUAUCAUCGUCGGCAACUUGCUGAUGUGGCCGCGCAACAGCAGACCAUAGAGCAGCAACAACGACUGUGCGAGCAGCUGACUGAUUUGAUCGCCGACCAGGAGAGCGUUCUUCAUGAGCAUGCCCUUCAAUCAUUGCGAUCACAAAUACCGUCGGUACACGAUGGUAGCAGUCUGUCAACCAUACCAGCGUGGAAUCAAGGAGUGUUUCUAGACAGUGACGUUGGUAUGGAUGAGGAUGAAAAUGCUACACCAUUGCAUAGCACAUCACUGUACAUCCCAGUGCCGAGCGAUGUGGAGGAUCCGAAUAUCAUGGGAGAUCUUGUGCCGCAAAUCCUUGAUGACGGUCUGGAUACGCUACUUAAUGAUCCACCUGUAGCUCCGCUCAGUGAGUUUCUGGCAAAGGAGUCACUCGGUACCAAGUCUGCCCUUCUACCAUCUAUUAUCAAGUCUUCUCCGGCGGUAUCACAUCCCACUGAGCUAGUGUACACUCACGAAGAAGCAGUGACUCAUCACCCGCCAGAUGCCAUGCGUGUGAAGACGCAUUCUUCGCCCGUGCCUGCCACCUUGCUGCCCCCACCGCAUGCUGAUCCUUCUCACCACUCCACGACUACGAGUUCUGAGUCUCAAUCCCAAGCAGAUGUGUCCGUUGACAAUGCGACUACCGGCUUGCCUUCAGACAAACCGGCCAUAUCGUCCGCAAUAUCAAGCAAGAUGGGAGAAGAAUCAGGACCGUUUUCGAUGGCUGAUCUCCAAACUAUCAAGGACGCUGCAACAUCGGCUCAGGAUAUUCGUGAGACUCAACUUGUUCGUCUCGUCUCAAGCCUUGGCAGUGAAUUGAGCCAGUGCAAACAACAGCUGCAGAAUAGCUUGCAUGUUCAAAGGAUACAGGCUGGUGCUCUACAGACGUUGUGGCAUGAAAUUCAAGACCUUCAGAAGCACCAGAGGGCGUCACAAGCACAGAGAACUCCCAUCCCAGAGGAACAUGAAGUGCCUGCAAACGAGCCAAACCCGGAUAACGUAUCUACGCUGAAAACCCUCUGUGAACAGCUCCAAACACAGGUUGAGUUUCUUGAGGAUCGAGUCAGUGCUCUCUCGGGCUCUGUCUACGUAGCCGGCGAGACAAGGAGGCGUCUUCAGCGCUUGGGUUUUGGCCUCGAACAUGACGAUGACGAUGAUGAUGUCGAUGAUGAUGUCGAUGGCGGAGCUGAUGAGGACAUCACAGCGAUGAACAACAAUCCAGGCGUGGAAACCAGGGUGACUGCAUCAUAUACCGAUAGCAGCAGCAGCAGCAGCAGCACUAGCUUAGAGUCCAUGUCAGCAGAUUCCUUGAGUCCCAGUGAUGAGGAGAACAUGGAGGGUGCAGUAUUGGCCAGUGAAAAGUCACCCCGGCGGUGCUCUUCUCCUCUUCGACCAGAUAGCUGCAGCGAGGAAAGGGGAAGUCCUGAAGCCACUUCGCAGCAUUCGGUAUCAGAGUCCGAUGGUGAUGAUGACGUCGCUCUGCUUUCCAAUGAACAUGUGCUGUGCACUGAGCCACGUCACCAUGACAUCAUUGAUAGUGACGGUGCUGAGUGGAGUAUAAGCGUCCGCCGCUGGUCAACACAUGAAGUGCUACUGGCGUGGCAGUGCUGUGGCGUGAACACCGGUUUCCAGAGUCCCAACGUACAGCAGCUCCAGCACACUGACGAGGGAAGCUUUCUUGACAUGGUGCCGUCAGAAGCCGAUGAUAGUACAGGUGAUGGAGGACUUCUUGGCUAUCGCCUGCUGAUAAACAAUGUCCCCGUCAUACCCAUGAUACCAUCUCCAGCAAGUCAAGUUCUAAUAUCAGGCCUGGCUGAUGGUGAAUAUGAGCUGUCUUUGUUGAAGGUCCACAUCAAUGGUGAAACGUUGCUCGGCAGGCCUGUCUCAGUGAGCACUUCAGACAGUCGGGAGAGUAGCGGCUCAGAUGCCAUUGUGAAGUCAGUGUCCUCACGCGAAGCAUUAGCAUCACCACGCUGCUCAUCUACCGCCCUGCUACCCAGCACUCCUCGGCUGAGAAUACACUACAAGAGCCUGGGCAAGGUUGCUGGGCAGGCCGUGCUGGCAACCCUGAAACACGGCGACACAGCGGACAGUGCCGACUCCUCUCAGCUGGACUCCAAACACUCGUCUCCAAUCAGUCAUGCUUCGGACUGGUCUUCACCCAGUCUCCCAUCACCAUCCACGUCAUUGUCAACGCACCCCACCACCACCACCGCCACCACCAGCACAAUCACAACCAGCAGCAGAAGCCCAAACAUACCUGAAGCACAGGGACAAUUACCAUUGAGGAAGAAGACUGGCGGUCGCAGCACUGAAGAAGGCAUUGUUACAAAUGCUGGUGAGUUACAUGAUUUCGAUGCUGAUGGAGCACACAAUGAUCAGUUGCCUGACGCAGGCAUAUCGGUGGAGCCCAUCAACCAUGCCACACGCGCAUCUGCUCUCCUGACCCAACUCAAAAGGGAGAUGUCGGAGAUCAGACCCCUCAAUAAUGAAGUGUCAGUUGAUGUAGCUGCACUGUCAGAGCCAACAGAGACUACAUCAAUAUCGAUCAGUGGACAUGAGAGUGAUGUUUCAAUUCCUGAGAAUGCAUCUCCUUCCAGUAGGCCAAGUCCACUUCAAUCAUCAGUAAUCAAGUCAAAUCACACUCCCAAAGUGACUGCAAUCAUACCAACCACUCCGAAGUCUGCUGAGUCACAUGGCGGUGUUGAGCAUUCCGAAACUGACACACAUGGGUACACACCGGACAGUAGGCGUGCAGCAUCAGCAGUGCCGUCCCCACGCAGCAACAGCGCUGGCAAGCGUCCUACACCUGUACCGCUGGCAUGUUCUUUCAAGCUCCAGUAAUCCGGCACUCGACCAGUGCAGCCCGCAACUUCAACCGAACAAGAAUUUGACUUUUUAGUGCGUUUAAAAGCGCUCUGCACUCAGGUUAUGUAUUAUGAAAUGGAAACCUCGACUGAAUAAUCCUGGACAAUGCCUCAGAGAGGAGAUGUGCUAUAUAAAAUUCAAUAUAGGACUGACGUACUUCUGCAAUAUUUUCUAUCUACACGUGCAUGUACAUUACGAUACUCGGAUGAAAUUGUAAAACUGUUCAGUCCAUGAUAUUGUGAUGAUGAUCUUAUCUUUUUAACAAGGCAUUUGUGUUAAUUUAACAAUCAAAAGAGCUCGUGGCAGCCACCUCUGGCUGUUGAUGAAGCCGCACUAACGCCACACUCUCUUCAAACUAUCUGUCCUCUUUUUAUGAUUAUUAAUACCACGACUUCUACAAUGACCAGACUUCUGUCGAUCUUUUGCUAUUCA